AUGUCUAAAGAAGAAAAACUAUGGCCUGAACCUGCUCCAAAUUGGCCUGAAGCGAAAAACGUUUGGAAGUGGGGCUGGCCAUUUCACGUUUAUCUCUUUACCACCUUAAAUUUUCUGGUGGUUCUUCGCAGCUUGUACGUAAUGAUUGAACAAAGAAAAUCACAUGUUUUGACGAAAGACCACCGCUUCUUUAUGAACCUGUUUCUUCUAGUGUUCGGCACGACUCGUGCAGUAUUUUUGCUUUCAAAUCCAUACGGAUCAGAUCCUGAUGCUACCAAAACAGAGCUGGUUAUCUGCAUCGUCACGUUUGGUAUCGGAACUGCAUGUAUUACGUCAGCAUUCAGUUUCGUGCUGUUGAUCGUUCUCGAAAGCACUCGUCUUUCGCUUGCGCCAAGUAAGUUUCAAAACAGAGGCUUUCUUCUCGGGGUAUGUAUUGUCAAUAUUCUUUACGUGAUCAUAUCCGACGUAAUCGUUGCGCAUUUUCCCGUGGCCAAAGCAAUGAUUUUAGUUUGUCAAGUAUUGUUCGCCAUCUGGGGAUUUCUGAUUGCAUUGGGCUUCGCUCUGGCUGGCGCACGACUUUGGCGUAACUUAAAGGCUUCGCGCCAAACCGCUCAGUUCGACCCUGAACUGGCAGCCGAGAGCAAGAAGAUCACAAGAUUGGUGUUUUUGCUUUAUGCAGCAUCGUUCUGUGGGGUGGCGAUGUUCUCCACGAUUGUUUACCAAGCUUUUGGCGACACAGGAGUAUACAAUGAGUCUGGACUAGUAAGCAAUUGGCCGUGGAUUGCUGUCCAGACAUUGUUGAGAACAUCCGAGUUAUUGAUGUGCUUACUGGUAUUUUUAGUUGCUCUGAGGACAAGAAUUACUAAGCGCACACAAAACAAUCAAGUCGACAGUUACUCGAAGUCUUAG